GGGACCAUGGACAUUCGCCACUUCUUCUCUGGAUUGACCAUUCCCGAUGGGGGCGUGCAUAUUGUAGGGGGUGAACUGGAUGGCCGCCUGCGUGUCCCGGGUGGAGCUGUCCGUGUCCUGCCGGAGCCUCCUCGCCAGGGACCUGGGCUCGCGGUCGGACCCCCUGUGCGUCCUGCUGCAGGACGCGGGCGGGGGCCGCUGGGCUGAGCUAGAUCGCACAGAAAAGAUCAAGAACUGCCAAGACCCUGAAUUCUGCAAGAAACUGAUUGUGGACUACUACUUUGAGAAAGUGCAGAAGCUGAAAUUUGGCGUGUACGACAUUGAUAACGAGUCCUUUGAUUUAAAUGAUGAUGACUACCUGGGAGGGAUUGAGUGCACGCUGGGACAGGUUGUGUCCAGCUCAGUGUUCACCAAACCACUGGAAUUGAAGCAGGGAAAGCCAGCAGGAAAGGGCACCAUUACGGUAGAUAAGAUUUCAGCAGAGGAGAUUAAGGAUACCAGAGUUGUGCACUUGGAAAUUGAAGCCCAAAACUUGGACAAAAAGGAUCUAUUUGGUACAUCAGAUCCAUUUCUGGAGUUUUACAGGCAGAGCGAUGCUGGAACAUGGCAGCUCGUGUACAGAUCAGAGGUCAUCAAGAACAACUUAAAUCCAUGCUGGAGGAAGUUUAGUGUUCCCUUGCAAACUUUCUGUGGUGGAGAUUUUAAUAAACCUAUCAAGGUGCACUGUGCAGACCACGACCGGGACGGCUCGCACGACCUGAUCGGCGCUGCGGAGACCAGCCUGGCGCAGAUGCAGCCAGCUGCUGCUGGCUCUCUGGUGGAAUAUGAAUGCAUUCAUCCUGAGAAAAAACAAAAGAAAAAGAACUACAAAAAUUCUGGCAUUAUUAGGAUAAAAUCCUGCAAGAUUGAGACAGAAUAUUCAUUUCUGGACUAUGUGAUGGGAGGAUGCCAGAUUAACUUUACGGUGGGUGUAGACUUCACUGCCUCCAAUGGAGAUCCCAAGUCACCAGAUUCUCUUCACUACAUCAGCCCAGAUGGGAUAAAUGAGUACCUGAUUGCCAUCUGGAGUGUGGGAAGUGUAGUCCAGGAUUAUGACACGGACAAGCUGUUUCCUGCAUUUGGUUUUGGAGCUCAGGUUCCUCCUAGCUGGCAGGUAUCUCAUGAAUUUGCUCUGAACUUCAAUCCCAGCAACCCUUAUUGCCAAGGGAUUCAAGGAAUAGUGGAUGCCUACCGCCAGACUCUGCCUCAGAUCCGACUCUACGGGCCAACCAACUUCUCUCCCAUUAUAAACCACGUGGCGAGGUUCGCAGCACACUCGCUGCAACAAGGAGCUGCUGCACAAUACUUUAUUUUGCUGAUCAUCACAGAUGGAGAGAUCACUGAUCUAGACCAAACUAGGCAAGCGAUUGUCAAUGCCUCUAAGCUGCCCAUGUCCAUCAUCAUCGUUGGUGUUGGUGAAGCUGAUUUUCAAGCAAUGGAAUUCCUUGAUGGAGACAGCGGUGUUCUGAAGUCUGUGACAGGAGAGCCAGCUGCACGGGACAUCGUCCAGUUUGUGCCUUUCCGACAGUUCAAAAAUGCUCCCCAGGAAGCACUUUCCCAGAUGGUUCUGGCUGAAGUGCCCAAGCAGCUGGUGUCAUUCUAUAAAUGGCAGGGGUGGCCCCCCCUGAAACUGCCAGAAGUCAAGGCCCUGCAGAUCCAGGCUAGCCCUGGCUACCUGUAGCACUGGGGUGAAGGAGAGCUGCCUGCAGCCACACUCUCCCUUGCACACUGUGGGUGCUCAGGGCCCUGAGAUUGUACCAGUACACACUCUCUCUUACACCUGCUUGUGCUGAGUCUUUGAUCUUUCCUAUUUCUGGAAGAAAUGUAAAUACAGAAAAACCUCCGGGUGCUGGAAGUUUUUGUCACAGAAAGAUCGACCUUGUUGAUUUUCUGCCUUGCAAGAGUGACACAUUGUGACACAUCAUACCAGCAUAGUUGUUUGACACAGCCUAUCUGCUGCUGCCUCUCAUGGGGCGCCUCUGAACGGAGCUGCUCUAGUGCUGAGCCUGGUGAGAGAAGUGUUGCACCCGUGUUUGCUGUAAUUACACUUAUCAUGUGCUCCUUGAUAGGUGCCUUCUAUCAAGCUGCCUUUGAAAUGGGGACCCUUCUUUUCUGGAUGAGACAAAGACUUUUGGAUGCCUGAGGUAGUUCCUGUUGUGCCUUCAUAAAGUGCCAGUGUAUUUUUUUUUAUGUUUCAGUGACCAUAUCUUUCUGUGUUUUUUUAUCCGCAUUUUUCUAUUAGCAAAAUUUCUUUCUGUGAUGCACUGCUUGAAGCCAUUGUUAUAUUCAAGAAGACUGCACUUUGCUUUGUUAUGGAGGUUAAAUGAGGAUGAAUCAUUAAUUAAUGGGGUUGUGGUGAGAUUAAUGAGUCACAUAAAUGUGACUUCAAAAAUCCCAUGAUUGAAAACACUGAAAUGAAGAUGCUUUGCGUGAUUUUUUUAUAUCACACGAGUUACAAAAUUAAGAACUAACUUGUCUGUGGAACUCUAAGGAGGUGCUUCUUUAUCCUCAGUAGUGUGAAGUGUGCAUUACAUGAUCUGGGAACUGUAGAAUAGCCACAUGAUAGCAAAGCACAAAUGUUUUAAGGAAGAUGGUUCAUUUCCAAGUAGAAUGAAGAAACUUGGGUUUGCCAUUGCUCUACAAGCAUUAUCACUUUCAGUUACAUAA